AUUCCCAAUCCGAUUUUAAGUUCAAGCGAAAUUUCUUCAAGAGACGAGCAAAGCAACGCGAAAAAGAAAUUGAAACUUGCAAAAAAAAAACACAGGGAAAAUGACGAUGUUUCACUUUUUCAACUGUGCGAUACUCACCUUCGGUCCUCACGCCGUUUACUACUCCGCCACUCCUUUAUCGGAGUAUGAUACUCUUGGUACCUCUGUUAAAGCUGCCCUUGUUUAUCUUGGAACAGCUUUGGUGAAACUUGUUUGCCUUGCAACAUUUUUGCAGGUGUCUGAGAACGAUGGCUUUGAUCCAUACCAGGAGAUUUUGAAAGCAUUUAUUGGUUUUAUAGAUGUCGCUGGACUUUAUUUUGCCUUGACACAGUUGACACACAGGAAUAUCUCUCAAAAUCAUAAAUUUCAAGCUGUUGGACUUGGAUGGGCUUUUGCCGAUUCUGUUCUACAUAGGUUGGCACCUCUUUGGGUGGGAGCAAGGGGGCUAGAAUUCACUUGGGAUUACAUUCUACAAGGCCUGGAAGCAAAUGCUAAUUUGGUAUUGAGUAUAUCUCUUGCAGCAUUAGUAUCUUUGAUUUGGCUCCGAAAGAACAAGCCCAAGACUUUGAUUCCUAUAAUAUAUGCAUGCGCUGGAAUUGUUGCAACCAUGCCAUCCAUUACAAGCUACCUAAGGCGAGAAUUGGAAUGGCACUUUCCGAAGGUGAUAGGCUUUGAAUUAUUCACAUCUUUGGUGAUGGCUUUCGUUAGUUGGCAAUUGUUUUCUGCAUGCCAAAGGCCCUCCGCGUGAGUCACAAAGUUUAUGCCUUCUAAACUGUCCGAUUUUUGAAGCGGUACUCAUUGUCCAUAAAUUCUUCUUCGCAAAAUUCUUUCGUGUUCAGUUUUUACAUCAGGCUGCGCCGUUGUCUACUUUGAAUUCGAUCAGUUUUGUUGUUUGAGAGUUUGAUCACUGUUGGAAGUUGGAACUCUCCAGCAUCAACCGUUGGAUUUUUGCCAAAGGCACAGAAC